AUGGCGUUCCUUUUCAAAUCAAAGAAGAACCAGGAUCGAGCUCUCGCAAGCCGCGAUGUCAACUCAGGUGGCGGCGGCUCUCAAAGUUCCAUUCAGAGCGCCAGCGCGAGAAUAGCAAGAGAAGAGAAGAACGCUACCCAACGCUCAACACCGACGGGCAGCGUGGGCUCCAUCGACCAUGAUGGGAGCGCUGGUGCUGGCAGCCCCGACGUGGGCUACGGCCGUCAGCGAGGGCCCAGUGUAGACCAGACAUCAUCACAACCGCCUUCGAGCGAUCUCCCGCAAAACAUUUCGCCUCAGCAACAGCAAAUGAUGAACCCAAAUGCGUCGCUUUACCCCUGGUCGCAACGACGACUAACUUACACAUCAUCGCACCCGAGUCCCUUCCCCCGAUAUGGCGCCGCUGUCAACUCGGUUUCCUCCAAGGAGGGUGACAUUUACGUGAUGGGCGGUCUGAUCAAUAGUUCAACCGUCAAGGGCGAUCUCUGGAUGAUCGAGGCUGGUCAAAACAUGGCUUGCUACCCUCUUGCGACGACUGCUGAGGGCCCUGGCCCAAGAGUUGGCCACGCGAGUUUGCUUGUCGGCAACGCCUUCAUUGUCUACGGUGGUGAUACCAAGGUUGACGAGAUGGAUGUUUUGGAUGAGACACUAUACCUUCUCAACACAUCCACGAGGCAAUGGUCACGAGCUCUUCCCGCCGGCACCAGACCGUCUGGCCGUUACGGCCACUCCCUCAACAUACUCGGCUCCAAGAUCUACAUCUUUGGUGGUCAGAUUGAAGGCUACUUCAUGAACGACCUCUCCGCCUUUGAUCUGAACCAGCUGCAAAUGCCAAACAACCGUUGGGAGAUGUUGAUUCAGAAUACCGAGAGUGGAGGCCCGGCUGUGGGCAAGAUCCCCGCCGCCCGUACCAACCACUCCGUGGUGACGUUCAAUGACAAGAUGUAUCUGUUUGGCGGUACCAACGGAUACCAAUGGUUCAACGACGUUUGGAGCUACGAUCCCGCCACGAACGAAUGGUCACAGCUGGAUUGCAUCGGAUACAUCCCUGUUCCUCGGGAAGGCCACGCCGCGGCAAUUGUCGACGAUGUGAUGUACAUUUUCGGUGGACGCACAGAGGAGGGAGCCGACCUUGGAGACCUGGCCGCUUUUAGAAUCACAUCCCGUCGCUGGUAUACCUUCCAGAACAUGGGCCCGUCACCUUCCCCACGCUCAGGUCACAGCAUGACCACCGUUGGAAAGGCCGUAGUGGUGGUCGGAGGCGAGCCCAGCUCAUCACCCGCCAGCGUCGGCGACCUUGGCAUCGUCUACAUGCUCGACACCACCAAGAUUCGAUACCCGAACGAUGCACAGGCUCAACAGACAGUCGGACAACCACAGCAGCAGCAGAGGAUACAAGGUGCAAGGAGACCCAGCGCAGCGGCUGAGACUAGGAACCUGCUCUCUCGCGAUGGUUCCAACGGCCCCCCUGAUCAAAGAAAAUUGGUUGGGGCUCCUCGGGAAGCCAACGCGAUGAGCAGCCCUCCCAAUGGCAUGAGAGGACCCAACGGAGCGGAACCCAAUAACAACCCAGCCGCUGUUAACAACAUGUCCAAGGUACCGAGAUCCGCCGCCGCGUCGCCUCCCGCCGGACCGCCCCCUUCAGGACCCACACCCGCGAAGCCUAAUCAGCCUUCCAACGUUGGCAGAAUCCGCGGGCAAUCGUCAGAGAGAGAUGGCUCGGUCGGAUCUCCUCAGCUUGCGCAAAGUCAAUCGCCAGUCAUCAAAGAGGUCAAGGAGCCGGGUCCUAAGGAGGCCGAAAUCCCUGUGACAAACGGCCGUCGCACUCCCCAGGAGCAAGUGAAGAGAAGUGGCUCUCGAUCAGAACAGGGGCCUAGCGAAGCUGCGAAGACCAAGUCCAGACAAGGCAGCCGCUCUGGAAACUCGGUGGAUAGCACAACUGAGCCCGGAUUGAAGGCGGUCCAGCCUCCGCCCCAGUCGCAGCCGCAGCCUCAGCCCCAGCUUCAGCAACUACAACCGCCUCCGCAGCAGCAACAACUGCCUCCGCAACAGCCACCACCUCAACAGCAGCAACCGACACCACCGCAGCAAGUAUCGCCGCAGCUGCAGCAACAGGUAUUGCAGGCACAAGCAAAUCGCCCUGCAUCCCCGCCGCCUCCCACCCGUCAACCCAGCAAUCCUCUGAACCGCAGGUCCUCGGGCCGCAACUCCCAGACUGUGGCUUUGCUAAAGGAAUUGGAUACGGCCAGGAACCGCAAUGCUUGGUAUGCCUCAGAACUCGAGCUUGCGCGCAAGGCGGGAUAUGUCCCGAACGCAAGCUUAAGUCCUGUUCUCGACAGCAGGGCCGCGGAGACGUUCGAUGAUGAGGACAAGCCACUAAUUGAGGCGCUCCUAGCUAUGCGCACAGAGCUUGCCAAUGUCCAGGCCUCCGUUGACAAACAAGCCAUACUUGCCGCCAAACAGAUCGCCGAAGCCGAGAAGCAACGCGACGCUGCCAUUCAAGAAGCUGUCUACGCCAAGGCCAAGCUGGUUGCCCAAGUUGGCGGCAGCGUUGCAAGCACGCCGCAGCUAGAUGGCGAGCGGGAUGUUGAUGACCGUUCAACCGAAAUCAGCCGCAAGCUGGCUUACGCCUUGAACUACCAGAAGGAUCUCCAAGCCCAGGUGGAAAUGCUGAAAUCUGAACUUGAAGCCGAGAAACGCGCCCGACAGCUCGCUGACGACACAACGAACGCUUCUCAGAAGCGCAUGAGUGAGCUCGAGUCGUACAAGACCAUGACUUCAACGGAUUUGGAGCAAUUGAAGGCGGAGUUGCACAUGGUUCAGAAAGAGGCGAGGGAACAGGCCGUGCAGUACACGGAGGCCAUGGCGGCCAUGCAACUACUCAAGGUUGAAAGAGAGGACUUUGAAAAGAAGUACAACGAAUCAGUCGGUAACUCGAAGGAGCAAAACAACACCUUCGACUCUCUGCGCGAGGCGAUGGCAGCGUCCGUGGAAAUGAAGGCGCAUCUCGAGAGCAAGUUGGAGGAGGAACGCGCACAACGGGAGAAGCUUGAGUCUAAGCUUACCAAGCUCAAGUCCGAGCAUGAGACUAGAACUGCCGAGCUUGUGGCGGCGACACAGAGGCUGCGCGAUGCUGAGGAGCUGGCCGAGAAGCAUGCCAAUGAGGCUAGAACACACCAGCAGGCCAUCCUCGCCGGCUUCGACAAGGUUACCACGAGAGAUCUCGGAUCCGACGGCAAGGCCGACUCGGAGAAGCUCAAGGCUCUGCAGGAGCAGCUCAGUGCCGCCAACGCACUGGUCAAGAAAUACCAACAGGAGGCAGACUCAGCCGCCGACAAGCUUCGCACUGCCGAGGAGCGCAUCGCCGGCCUUGAGGUUUACCAAGAACAAUCCAGUCGUGAGGGUGUAGCCAUCAGAAGACAGCUUCAGGCUGCUCUGAGGGAGACACAGUCUCUGCAGGCUAGGAACUCGGACCUGAAGCAUCAACUCCAGAACCAGCAGCUGGAGACCAAUGCCAUGACGGUGCAACACAACACCCUCAAGGAUAUUCUCGUGGAGCGCGGUAUUAGCCCCACAAACAUGGCCCGGACUCGCAGCAUCGGCAGCCCCCGUGUGAACACUCCGGAGCAGGCACGCAUCCGUGAUCUCGAGGAUCAACUGUCUGCCGCCACCACUGCUCAGGAAGAAAGCGCGCAACGCGCGGUCGCGCAGCAGGAGGCCACCGAGGCCGCCUAUCGCGAGAAGCUCACCCAACUUGAGAACGACUAUCAGUCUGCUGUGCACUAUGUUAAGGGCACUGAAAAGAUGCUGAAGCAGCUGAAGGAACAGCUCUCUAGAUACAAGACUGAGAACAACCGUCUCAAGUCCGAGCUCCUUGAGCUCGAGGAGCGCGUGGAGUCUUCUGGUGCCGCUGCUGGAGGAGAUGCCCCUGCUAACUGGGAGAGUGAGCGUCAUAUUCUGCAGGAGAAGAUCGAGAGCCUCGAGGAAGACCUUCAAGCCUCGACCGAGAAGCUCGAGAACCAGCUGCUCACCGUCAGGAAGGAGUUGGAGGAUAGCAAGAAGCAGCGCGAGGGUGCCCUCAAGGACGCCGAAGAGGCCUCUCGCAAGCUAGCCGUGAACCGCCGAGAUCUGGAAGAGCUCCAGCAGGAAAACAACCUUCUCGAGCGCCGAGCUCAGGACGCCGAGCAGAAGGUCUCACUUCUCUUGGACCAAGUCGAGUCAUCCGUUGACAGCUACCGUCGUCAGAGCAGACAGGCCCCCAGCAUGACUUCGGAGGAGACGGCUAGGCCCACCAACGGGAACAGCAUUGGCCACCAGCGUCAGGACAGCUCUGACGCCGAAAGCUCCUACGGCGGUGCUGGCGGUGUCGAAGGGCGCAACAGCACUGCUUUGGACAACUUGGCCAACGAACUCGAGACCCUGCGCACUCACUGGGAAGCUACCAACAAGAACUACCGACUGAGCAACACCUUUGACUUUGAGGGUGCCACAACUCCUACGAGGAAAGACGAAGAGGUCGGACUGGGUCUUAGCGAGAGCCUCGCCGACUGGCGGAAGCGUCUUGACGUUGACGAGCAGGCGGAUAACGACCGAGCGAAGACCAAAAGCCGACCCGACCGGCCUUAG